GAAAGUGAUUUAUAUGUGCGUGUGAGUGAGUGAGUGUUUACCCCCACCCAAUCAAAUUGUGGGAUCCCACGCGUGAUGUUGAGAGAGGGAGAGAGAGAGUGAGAGCGAGAGAGUAAGCAAGAAGGGUGGUGGAGGAGUGCAAAAAGGGCGGUAAAAGAAAAAAGAAAGAAGGAAAAAUGAUGCCCCUGUCGUACAACAACAACAGCGACAGCAGCGGUACCAGCAGCGGCGUAAACGGUAUAUUGCGCAAAACGGGUGGAGGUGCUGCAUCGUCGGUUGGAGUAGGAGGUCUCACAGCAAAUGGAAACAGUGUGACCAACUCGUUGGAGUCACGCCAACCGCCACUGGAGCUCCUUGUCUUUGGCUAUGCCUGCAAGAUCUUUCGGGACGAUGAUAAGGCCAGGGAAUUAGAUCAUGGCAAGCAAUUGAUACCUUGGAUGGGCGAUAUAAAUCUCAAAAUAGACAGAUAUGAUGUACGGGGAGCCCUUUGCGAUUUAUCCACAUAUGAAGCGCCACCUGGCGGCUAUGGCAAUCGCUUGGAAUAUCUGAGCGCCGAGGAACAACGAGCCGAACAAUUGUGCGAAGAGGAACGAUAUCUGUUCCUAUAUAAUAACGAAGAGGAACUUCGAUUGCAGCAAGAGGAGGAUCUCAAGCGUUUGCAACAGGAGACAUCUGGCGGAAGCUAUUCCAAUGUGGGUUUUCAAUACGAUGGCGGAGGAGCACAGGGUACUACCGGGGUCUCCUCAGCCACAACCACGCCACAACUUUCACCCGGAUCGGGGGCGGCGAAUGAAGAAAGUGAAUUACCAUUUGUUUUGCCAAGGAAUCUUAUGGUUGCCCCCGCACCAGGAAUACAAUUGCCCGAAUCAAUGAAACAACAUGCAAUUAUAGAGAAAACUGCACGAUUCAUUGCCACCCAGGGCAUACAAAUGGAGAUUCUUAUCAAGGCCAAACAAUCGAAUAAUUCCCAAUUCGAUUUUCUUUGCCAAGGUGGACAAUUGCAGCCAUAUUAUCGUCAUUUACUCGAGGCCAUUAAGCAGGGCAAAUUCAUUGAAGCUAUUACCGCAACGGAUGCGCCAGAUCAACAGGAGAAUAUGGAAACUGAUUCAUCUUCCGGCAUUCACUCAUCCCUAAUGCCGGAUAGUCCGAAACGAUCCGCUCAGGUGGUGAUUACAGUUCCAACCAUCAAGUACAAACCCUCUGCGAAUUGUGCCUACACCCAAUUGAUAAGCAAAAUCAAAGGUGUUCCCCUUCAGGCUGUCAUCGAUGAUGAAUUAAUGAAUAAUGGUUCUCAACAUUCCGGUGGCACUGCAUCGCCCGCAUCCAGUUGCCAAUCGGAUGGCAAGUGCGGAGAUCAUAGUCAAAACGAAUUUACUCCCGUGUUGAUUCAAUAUAAUGGCAGCACUUUUGCCCAUGAAAAGGAAACGGUCGACGAAGAAAAGAAAUCAGCAGAUCAGGAUAGCUCCAAUGGUGGGUCCAAAGUUGAACUUUUGAAAAAUACCAGCGCCUUGGCUUUGGCCCAGGGCUACAGCUCCGAGAGCGAUGAAGAAGACAACAAUGAUGAUGACGAGACAGCGACAAAAGAAAAGCCACCAGAGCCCAUAUUGAAUUUCCCAUUGCCCGAGGAAAAUCUCAAGCAUAUCAUUGAUAAAACCGCCAUCUAUGUCAUUAAGAACGGUCGACAAUUUGAGGAAACGCUGCGUUCCAAAAGCGUUGAGCGUUUCAGUUUUCUACUGCCAGAGAGUCAAUUCUAUCCAUAUUAUAUGUAUAAGAUAACUGGCGACGUGGAUGCCGCUUCUAAAGAGGAGAAAACCCGAAAGGCAGCAGCCGUUGCAGCGGCUUUAAUGAGUAAAAAGGGUCUGACAUUUGGCAAGGCGGCUGAAAAGGGUAUGUCCUAUGACAGAAAGACGUCAUUGGCAUUGAAUAUUAAGUUAAAUUUUUUGCUUGCAGCUCCUGUUAGUUUUUCGAUACGUGCACGCGAUGAUCAGACUCCGUUGCCGUCGAGUUUGAACCAACACGAGGCUAGCGAUGAGGAUAACGAAGAUGCUAAGAUCAAGGUCAAGGCUGAGAAUAAUCGUUCCGGAAUGCCAGAUAGUGUCCAGCGGGCCAUUAAGCAAGUGGAAACGCAAUUAUUGGCUCGCAGUGCUGGUGGCAAUGGGGGAAAAGUAACGUCUACGGUCCUAGCAAGUGAUUCGCCGCAAAAAGAUCAGCGUCAGGCUGAGGAACGGGUCAAAGAUAAAUUGGCUCAAAAAGCAAGGGACAAGCUAAAUGGCAUGAUUUCGAAAGAGAAACAAUUGCAGCAAGAGCGAAAGCGAAAAGCCAUGGCAUUUCUCAAUCAGAUCAAAGGCGAAAAGGUUGUUCCUGCAGCAGCAGAGUCUUCUACAGUUGGUGGCAAUCCUGAUGAUGCACUCUCCGAGGCGGCCAAAGGCGGUGAUAGUGAUGCCGAGUCCACGGAAUCUGUGCGUUCUAUACCAAUAACCUACUUUGGGCCCGAUGAUGAUGAGGAGCCAAAUGCUAAGCCAGGCGAAGCUAUUCUUACAACUGUUGCUGCUGCUGCUGCUGCACCUGAUGAGGAGGAUGAUGAUGAGGAGGGCGGCGAUGGAGAUUUGGAGAAAUAUAAUUUACUAAACGAUGACAGUACCAAUACAUUUACCAGUAAGCAUGCUCCGCCUCGCUCAGAGGUAUCAUCAUCAUCAUCUGUACCGCAGCCGCCAUCGAAAGCUUCGGCUACUGCCCCACAAAUUCCCGUGCUGCUCUCCGAUGAUGAUGAUGACGACGAUGUCCAAGUGGUGAAUGCCACAUCAGGCACACCCAGACGUAAAUCCAAACGCAAAAGUCGCAGUCGGGAUAUAGUUAGCUCUUCGUCCAGUUCAGGCAACAGAAGUAGUAGAAGUCGUUGCAGUUCCGCCUAUACACAACGAAGAGCGAAGCGAAAGACCCCUCUUGUGGACGUCAUGUCAACGUCAUCCUCGUCUCGACGCAAACCAAAAAGGCAUCGCAGUCGCAGCCGUAGUCGUAGUCGCACUCCCCACAACUCGCCUUCACACAAUCGUCCGCGUAGUUAUCAGAAACAUCGAAGUAGAUCGCGUUCCAGAUCGAAACGCCGAGGCAGUCACAGUCGGAGUCGGAGUCGCAGAAGUUCAACCAGUCGGGACGAGCGUCAUCAUCGUCGUCGGCGACAACGCAGCACUUCGAUGCGUCGCCAUCUGAGUACGCCUCAAAAGAAGAGUCACAAACGUCACAAGCGGCGGAGACGCAGUAGCUCUUAGUUUAUCUUUUUCGUUCUUUAUAUCUAUGAUUUAAUUUAAGUUCUUUAUUUUUCUGAUCAUAAGCAAAUUUUUGAAUAUAUUUAAAGGGUUCUUCCCGUCCCGCCCAUGGAUUUCUCUUUUGUAAAUGUUGAACGCCAAGUAAAUAAAGAAGAUAGUGUUGUCCAAGUAAGCAAAAUA